UUAGUAACUAUGUUGGCUACACAAGCCUUUUCUACAUAAAAAAUUUGAAAGCCAUUGACAAUUUUACAUUGUAUUGCCAACAUAAUGUCAGUUUGACUUUUAUCUUUUAAAAAAAAACACAUUUUAUAUUUUUUUCUCGUUUUCUUUGCACUGAUUCUGCAAAAGGAAAUCGCUAUCAGUUUUUUUCUUCAAGUUAGGUCAGAAAGUGGUUUGAUCGUAACAUAUUAAAAAAGGAUACUGAAAAGAACACCUGGAUUGUCAAUUGGAAUGGACGAGGAACUUGAUAUCAACCGCGAGAGCAACCCAUGUCUUGCUGAAUCCAGUCCCACACAAGCUAGCACCAUUGAAGACCCACCAGAAAAAUUCUCUACUCUUAAUUUGAGCGACGACAAACCAGCAACUAUGAUGUCCGACGAGUUGGAUGCAGAUGCCCAGCCAAAUGGUGGAAGCGAUAACGUGGCUGGUGAACAGGAGGAAUCCAAAACCAAUCUUAUAAUAAAUUAUAUCCCUGAGAAUAUGACAGAGGACGAGAUUAGGUCACUUUUCUCCAGUAUUGGAGUAGUGGAGACAUGUAAACUCGUUAGAAGAAAAUUCACAGGACAAUCACUGGGCUACGCAUUUGUAGACUAUCAGAGACCCGAAGACGCCGAAAGAGCUAUCAAUGUUCUUAACAGGCUAAGAAUUCAACAUAAGACUAUCAAAGUUUCACAUGCAAGACCGAGUUCAGAAGCGAUACAAAGGGCCAAUUUACAUGUAUCGGGAAUACCGAAAAAAAUGACCCAACAAGAUUUCGAAGAUUUAUUCAGUCCAUUUGGUACGAUAAUUGGUGCUCGCAUACUUUACGAUAAUACCACCGUACGUCAACUUUUCCCGGAAUCCAAAGAAAAUCUGCAAGGCGUUUCACAAGGAAUAGGCUUCAUCAGAUUUGACAAACGUUUAGAAGCUGAACAAGCUAUCCAGGAGCUUAACGGUACCACCCUCGAAGGAGCCUCUGAACCCCUCAAAAUAACUUUUACGGGUCAUUCUAGAGGUAAUAACAGAACUGUUCCACCAUUGAAUAUUCACCCAACGACACCAGCUAGAAGAAGGUUUCCAGUUCCUCCGAUGAGACGAACUAGAUAUGCCCCAUUUUUUGGACGUAAUCCGUUUGCAAAUUGCAUGUUUCCUAACGCUGCAAUGAACCGAUCUGGUUGGACUUUAUUCGUAUACAAUUUACACCUCGAAACCGAGGAUAACGAACUCUGGCAGUUAUUCGGUCCGUUCGGAGCUGUUCAAAGCGUUAAAGUCAUGCGUGACUUACAAACGAACCAAUGUAGAGGAUUUGGAUUUGUUAAAAUGACCAACUACGUUGAAGCUCUAUCAGCCAUUGAUUGCUUAAACGGUUACGAGUUGUGUAAUCGGAAACUUCAAGUCAGCUUUAAAACAGCUAGUAGUGGAUCGACAAGAAGUGACGGUUCGUCUCAGAUCUCGUGUACCUACCUAACUUAAUAAGUUUAGCAAAUUUUCAUUUUUCUAUUGUUCUCAUCGUUAUUUUGCAACAUUUAAGCAUUUAGCAUGUAACUUAUUUUCUAUUUUGUUUAUUUAACUUGGUUAUUCUCUGUUCUGUUUUUUUUUUUUAAAUAUUUUGUUCAUUUUUUCGUUAUUACUAGUCUUGAAGACAGGGUUUUCCACAUGGUUUUUUGUAUAAAGUUUGUACGCUUGCUUGAACGCCAUUAACAGCAAUGCUUUGGCGAGGCCACAACAAACUAUUUGAUUUUUUGAUUUCGAUUUUUAAAACCCAUGGAUGGAAAAAGUUGAAUUACUAGAUUUUCACUAGACAUAUUUAUUAAGACUAAUACAAUGAUGCCUUAUUAGACUGAUAAAUGCUAUAGGCAGCUGAAAUAAUGAUCAUAAGUCAUCUGGCAAUUUUUAAAUUCUGGCAUUAAAAAAUUACAAAUUACAUAAAACUAUUAAUCGUAAAAUAUGCUUUUGUCAGGAAUUAGGGAAUUUUGACUUAUACUAUGUGGUGUUGACAGAGUAAAAAUUAAUUCAAACUUUUCUAAUCAUGGAUUUUAGUUUAGUUUAGUUUUCAUUUAUGUACUUAAGUUUUUUUUCUAGUCUUGUAGAUCUGUUUUUUGUUUGUUAUUUAUAUAAUUUAUUAGUUUGGUUCUUCAUUUAUUACUAUUUUUGAAUGUAUUAUCUUGAUUUAUUAUUUUUUCUCAGAAAUUAAAGUUUAUAUAUUUUUAAUUGUUAUUUUUUUUAUUUCUCUCUGCACACCUCCAAAAUAUGUGCCAUUUUUAGCAGAGAGACCUACUAACUAACUAACUAAGGAAGAGGAUACAGAAUCAAG